AUGCAGCGCCAUAACAGCACCUACGUUGUGAAGCGUGAUGGACGCAUGGAGAAUGUCCAUUUCGACAAGAUCACCUCCAGAAUUCAGAAACUCAGCUACGGCUUGAACAUGGAUUUUGUUGAUCCAGUUGCCGUCGCAAUCAAAGUUAUCAGUGGAUUGUACAAAGGAGUGACAACAGUUGAAUUGGACAAUCUUGCUGCUGAAACUGCCGCUUCCAUGACCACCCAGCAUCCAGAGUAUGCUCUUCUCGCCGCUCGGAUUGCCGUUUCCAACUUGCACAAGAAGACUAACAAGGUGUUCUCGGAGGUCAUGAAGACUCUUCACGAGUUCCAUCACCCACACACUGGAAAGCACGCACCAAUGAUCAGUGACGAAACAUGGGAAAUCAUUCAGAAGAACGCCGAUAAGCUCAACUCCGCCAUCGUCUACGACAGAGAUUACUCUUACACCUACUUCGGAUUCAAGACGCUCGAGCGUUCCUACCUUCUCAAGAUCAACAAGGAAGUCGUCGAAAGACCACAGCAAAUGCUGAUGCGUGUCGCCAUUGGAAUCCACGGAAAAGACAUUUCCGCCGCCAUUGAGACGUACAACUUGAUGUCCGAACGGUACAUGACACAUGCCUCUCCAACUCUCUUCAACUCUGGAACGUGCCGUCCACAGAUGUCUUCAUGCUUCUUGUUGACGAUGAGCGAGGACUCGAUUCUCGGAAUCUACGACACUUUGAAGCAGUGCGCUCUGAUUUCGAAGAGUGCUGGAGGCAUCGGUCUCAAUGUGCACAAGAUCCGUGCAACUGGCUCAGUGAUUGCCGGAACCAAUGGAACAUCCAAUGGACUCAUACCAAUGCUUCGUGUCUACAACAACACCGCUCGUUACGUUGAUCAAGGAGGUAACAAACGACCAGGAGCAUUCGCCAUCUACUUGGAGCCAUGGCACGCCGAUAUCUUCGAGUUUGUUGCUCUUCGAAAGAACACCGGACCAGAAGAGGAACGUGCUCGUGACUUGUUCUUGGCUCUCUGGGUGCCAGAUCUCUUCAUGAAGCGCGUCGAAAAAGAUCAAGAUUGGUCGUUGAUGUGCCCAUGCGAGUGCCCAGGACUUGAUGAUUGCUGGGGAGAGGAAUUCGAGACUCUUUAUGCCAAGUACGAAGCCGAGGGACGUGUUCGCAAAACAGUGAAGGCUCGAAAGCUCUGGGAGCACAUUGUCUCCAAUCAAAUCGAGACCGGACUUCCAUACAUCACCUACAAGGAUGCCGCCAAUCGCAAGUCGAACCAGCAAAACUUGGGAACUAUCAAGUGCUCCAACUUGUGCACUGAGAUUAUCGAGUACUCUGCUCCAGACGAGGUUGCUGUUUGCAAUCUCGCUUCUAUUGCUUUGAACCGUUUCGUGACUAACGACAAAAAGUUCGACUUUGUCAAGCUCGCUGAGGUGACCAAGGUCAUAACAAAGAAUCUGAACAAGAUCAUUGACGUCAACUAUUAUCCAAUUGAAGAGGCUCGCAACUCGAACAUGCGCCAUCGUCCAAUCGGUCUCGGAGUUCAAGGACUCGCUGACUGCUUCAUGUUGAUGCGUUAUCCAUUCACAUCUCCACAGGCCAGAGAUCUCAACAAGAGAAUCUUCGAGACCAUCUACUACGCUGCAUUGGAAGCUAGUUGCGAGUUGGCUGAAAGAGAUGGACCAUACUCUACAUAUGAGGGAUCUCCAGUUUCCAAGGGACAACUUCAGUUUGAUAUGUGGGGAGUUACUCCAACUAAUCAAUGCAACUGGGACGAGCUUCGCAAGAAAAUCGCCAAGCAUGGAGUUCGCAACAGUCUCCUCAUGGCUCCAAUGCCAACUGCUUCCACCGCUCAGAUCCUCGGAAACAACGAAUCGAUUGAGCCAUACACCUCGAACAUCUACUCUCGUCGUGUGCUCUCCGGUGACUUCCAAAUCGUCAACCCACACAUGCUGAAGGAUUUGGUCGAGAGAGGAUUGUGGACCGAUGAGAUGAAGAACCGCCUCAUUGCCAACAAUGGAUCGAUUCAGAACAUCCCAGGAAUUCCAGACGAUAUCAAGGAGCUUUACCUCACCGUCUGGGAGAUCUCACAGAAGGAGAUUAUCGAGAUGGCUGCCGAUCGUGGAGCAUUCAUCGAUCAAUCCCAGUCACUCAACAUUCACAUGGCCAAGCCAAGCUACGCCGCCAUCACAUCAAUGCACUUCUACGGAUGGAAGAAGGGACUCAAGACUGGAAUGUACUACUUGCGUACCAAGCCAGCUGUCAACGCCGUUCAAUUUACCGUGGAUAAGGCCGCUCUUCAGCAGAAGAAUGUCCAGAAAGCAGAAUCUCGAGUCGCUUCUCCAGAAGCGCAAGACGAAGGAUGCCUCAUGUGCUCCGGAUAA